AUGGCCAACGACGACCCCGCCCCCGGCGCCUCCUCCCUCAUGACCUUCACAACCAGCGCCGUCGCCGAACCCAUCACGCGAGGCCCCGCGAACGUCAAAGGCGACUACCUCGAAGUGCACCACCCAGCUCUAAACCUCCCUCCACGCGCCACCAGCACCAAACCCAGCAAGAAGCGCAAGAAAUCCGUCGCCUUCGCCAGCAACGACGACUCCCCCAACCCCGGCGCAGGCGCAGCCUCAACCUCCACCCCAGCCAAGAAAACCCACACCCGCAACGCCUCCAAAAAAUCCACACCGGGCCGCAUAAUCCCCACAACCUUCGACGCCUGCUCCGAACCAGACAAACUCCUCCUCACGCUACGGGACGCCGGCUCCGACUGGCCGCACAUCCGCCAACGCUACACGGCGCUCACCGGCGAAAAAACCGCCCCCUCGACCCUCCCCAACCGCUACAACCGGCUGAAAUCCGCCCUGACGCACCUGCGGCCGCAGGACAACCCGCUUUUGUUGCUGGCGAAGCGGCAGGUGGAGACGAGCUUCGAGGCGCAGAAGUGGGAGUUGGUGGCGGCGGUGGUGAGGGAGAAGGGCGGGGAUGUGUAUGCGGGGAAUGUGCUGCAGAGGAAGUAUAAGAAGUUGAUGGUGCAGCAGGGGGUGCUGGAGGGCCCGCCGGAGGGGGUGAGGGAUGGGGAUUGGGAGGUUGAGGCUUUGGAGUGA